GUUGAAGUAGACAUGGAUUCGAGUGUCCUGUGGUAAUCAUAGUAGAAGCAGUGGAUGAAGAUGAUCCAAAACCACAGUCACAAAAUGUGUUCUACACUCAAUCUUCGCCACGUGUCGAACAUCAUCGAAAUCAUCAACCAUUCUUUGCACCACCAAACGUUCACAACCAACUUUUCUUCAUCAUCUCUCACUCAAGACAUUUCCCAAACCAAUUCCCUAAUCGCCACGCAUGUUCGUCGAGGCGAUCCUGUAUCCGCAUGGAUCCUCUUCCACUCUCUACGUCGAGCGCGUGCCGACGUUGACGCCUACACCUUCACCUCCGUCUUGCGCGCUUGUACUCUCUUGCAUAUGUCUAAACUUGGGACACAAGUGCAUGCCCAAAUGGUCAAAACAGGCGCGGAUUCCGGAACCGUUGCGAAAACCUCGCUGGUAGAUAUGUACUCCAAGUGUGGGUCUUUGGAUGAAGCAGUGAAGGUGUUUGACGAAAUGGGUCAGCGAGACGUUAUCGCUUGGAACGCUUUGCUUUCUUGUUUUUUGCGGUGCGAUCUUCCUGUUGAGGCUGUUGGAGUUCUUAGGGCAAUGAGGAGGGCGAAUGUUGAGCUUAGUGAGUUUACUUUGUGUUCCGCGUUGAAGUCUUGUGCUUCUUUGAAGGCGUUGGAGCUUGGAAGGCAGGUUCAUGGUUUGGUGGUGUGUAUGGGGCGUGAUAUGGUUGUAUUAAGCACUGCUCUUAUUGAUUUUUAUUCCAGUGUCGGGUGUGUUGAUGAUGCUUUGAAGGUUUUUUGCAGUUUGAAGGGUUGGAAGGAUGAUAUGAUGUAUAACUCGUUGGUUUCUGGGUGUGUUAGGAAUAGGAGGUAUGUCGAGGCAUUUAGAGCUAUGGGCUUGGUGAGGCCCAAUGCUGUUGCUCUUACCAGUGCUCUGGUGGGGUGCUCUGAGAAUUUGGAUUUGUGGGCAGGGAAGCAGAUGCACUGUGUUGCAGUUCGACAGGGUUUUACUCGUGAGACUCAGUUGUGUAAUGCCCUGUUGGAUAUGUAUGCAAAAUGUGGAAAGGUUUCGCUUGCUCAAUCGUUGUUUGAUGGAAUUUGUGAGAAGGAUGUGAUUUCAUGGACUUGUAUGAUUGAUGCGUAUGGAAGAAAUGGGCGGGGGCGUGAAGCUGUUUUGCUGUUUCAGGAGAUGAGGAAAGAAGAGAGGAAGGUGUUGCCGAAUUCUGUGACUUUUUUGUCAGUUUUAUCGGCAUGUGGUCACUCUGGACUGGUGGAGGAAGGCAAAAAAUGUUUCAAAUUGUUGAGGGAAAAGUAUGGUCUUGAACCAGAUCCAGAGCACUAUGCUUGCUACAUAGAUAUCUUAGGUCGAGCGGGUAAUAUAGAAGGAGUAUGGUCUGUGUAUCACAAUAUGGUUGAGGAGGGUACUAAGCCUACUGCAGGAAUUUGGGUAGCAUUGUUGAAUGCCAGCAGUCUUAAUCAGGAUGUUGAAAGAGGUGAAUUGGCUGCGAAGCAUCUCUUGCAGUUGGAACCCAAUAAAUCUAGCUAUAUUGUUCUUGUAUCAAACUUCUAUGCAGCCAUUGGCAGAUGGGAUCGUGUUGAUGAAUUGAGAAGCAUCAUGAGAACAAAAGGAUUGGUGAAGGAAGCUGGAAAUAGUUGGAUCAAUGUUCUAGGCUUGAACCAACAUGCUAGGACGCUAUCUGUUUGAUUGUUCAGCAAUACGGAAGUGAAGCUUUACUGCUAUUGGGAGAUUUCUGCUGUACUUGCCAAUAUAAAAGCAUAAAUAGCUACAUUUGAUCCGGCAGUGCGUUUCUAUUUACCCUCAUUCUUUUAGAUCAUUGGUUAGCAUUGGAUGUCCACAGAUCAACCAAGGCUAUGGUGGAAACUUACAAAGGCAAUCGGUACCAGUCAGAACCUACAAAGGCAAUAGGUACCCGUCAGAACUUACAAAGGUUAGUUGGUCUUGGAACACGACCUGAAUCAAAAUAGAAACUUACUACCCAUAUGUUUCUUAAUAUUUGGCAUGGAGCUUGCAAGUUCUCCUUCUCAAUCUAAUGCAUUCACACCAUGUUUAUGAGAAACUUCCAUUUGUAUUCGCAGGUCUUGCAGUUAUUCGGCUGGCAGUUAGCCAAUCUCAUGAUAUAUUUCAUUUGUAUCACUGCUUCAUUUCAUUUUAGUUGCAACUCGGAAGAGGGGUCGAUCUAAAAUGAGAUAUUCUCGUGGGUUUUUGUUUUUUGAAUAUCUGUGAACAUGACCAGUCAUCUUUAUGGUGUCUACGCAGCACGCAGAUCUGUGACUGGGAUGUGGUUAUAUCAAGUUGUGUAAAGCUUGCAAGAAAUAACAUCAUUUGUGUGAGCAUAAAGAACUGCUUAUUCAAGUGCAUCUUCUGUAAAAUACUACCACAAACUAUGACAACCCUUCGUUUAAAUAUGUAAACAAUAAGGACAGUUUGAUGCAUUAUUGCAAGUUUAGUAGGCAACGGAAGGAAGCACAUACAGAAUAGAUACCAAAGACGUCGCAGGAUUGUGUUUUGCUUUCACUUUAUACCCUUUCUUUGUUUAUUUUCACAUAUAUUUGUAUUUAGUGCUGAAGAUGCUUUCUGUUUUUAGAAGAAAAUACAUGCUGUGUACUAAUGGUGUAAAUCUGUUUUGUGUUCUCAUUCAAUCUCAAAAGUUUUAUGAAUUUUUUUC